UCAACCAAAACAGUCGCCCAGCCCACCUGAGCAGCAAAUGGCAGUCUCUGAGACAUCAUCAGGAACUGGAUGUCCUCGAGUGGCUAUGAUCCGUGCAGCAUGGGCGUUGGUGCACUUCAUUGCCACCGCCGGCGCAUUUAUCUUCCUGCUGGUCGGCUUCUUGGACACGAUUGCCGUCUCCAGUCCUUGAGUUGCGACAGGUACUGGACGUCCUCGAGUCGCCAUGACCCGUGCCUCAUGGGCCUCGGUGCCUUUCAUCGCCACUGACACCUUCGACGUCACCUUCUCCUCCUUGCUGGUGGCCUUGUGCGCAGCGGCCGCCUGCCUCUGCGCUAUCCUGGCUUCCCUCCAGGAGGCCCGCAGCCGGCCGAUAACGACGCUGGUGUUGUCAUCCUCCGAUUCGCCUUACAACAGGUAUAAAACGGCAUGGCGUGUCUGUGCUUAUUUUACCUGCUUGUCGUCUGUCGUACAACAGAUAAUUGCGGACAUCUUCAAAGGCGCGAGCGCGUGGCGGCACUGAAAUUCAACUUGCUUACGCAAUUUGAAUCCCUCGGGCUGAAUCACAAACAGCGGCAAGUGCGCACGGAAGUGAGAUGGGUUUCUCUUGUGCAUUUCUCCUUGUUGCUCCUCAGUUGAGUUGAUAUCAAUUGCGGCCCUGGCAGACACACGACAGACAUCAGUUGAGUGUGUGUGCAGUUGAUCAUGGCGCAAUGGAUGGGUGGAUGGAUGGAUGGCUGGUGCAGUGUCCUCACUUGUAAAUCAGGUCGAUGAGCAGGUCACUGUCGAACAAGUGGCGGUGCGCCCUGCGCACCAUGUCGGCAAACUGGUCAAACGUCUUCCUGCCAACCUGAAGCAACUGAUCCAUUCAUCCAUCCAUGAGACGCAGAGAAACAAGGAGAGAGAUGCGCCUGGGAUAUGAAAACAGAGAAACAAGGGGAAACGAGGUUCUUCAUAUCCUGGGCGGGUGGCGUGCCCAGGUCUGCCUCUGCACGAGUCGACCGGGGACACAUACACACGAAGAUGUAUGCAUUGCUGGAUGCAGAUGGGCAUCGCGUAUGUGUGUUCAUUGCCACGCUGCCAUGCUGACGUACAUCGAAGGGACGGCGGCCUGUGUACACAUGACACAAUACUAUAGAGGUGCAUUUGAAAACUUUGUGUGUCUCAUCGCUCUCUCAGCCUCUGUCUAGGUGUGCUGCGUACCUACGUGUGGCCCAGAUCUCGGUGGCGGACCCGAUUCCCUUCGACGUGUCCAAGUGGGCUUCUGAGCUCCGAUAGCCCUGUGUGUCUCUUCUGAGCUUAGGGCUGUGUAAGACAUACACACACAGAGAGAUUGGCUUUGAUUGAAUCGAGGAACGAAGGUGAGCAGUGAUGUAUGUAGAUAGAUGCACGUAUAGGUAGGUGUACUUACGGUGUUGGCCGUCGUCCGGCUGCUUCAAACUCGUGUGACUGGCCAAAGUCGUACAACUUCAACACCUUUCUGAAGAAAGAAAAGAAUCUUCAAUCAAGGAAGACAUGCAGCACCCACCGACAAUGAGGGAGGGAAUAUGCCUUGGCUAUAUGUGUCCCUCCCUCCCCCCCUCCCUCCCUGGCUCCAUACCAAGUCUCUGAAUAUACAUACCUGCCAUUCCUGCCCUGCAUCAGUAUGUUCUCGGGCUUCACGUCACGGUGGGCCACGUUCUUCAUAUGCGCCAGCCCCUGCAAUAUCUGCACACACACACACACACACACACGCCAUGGAUUGGUGUUGGUUGCCACCCAGCUAGUAGCAGGCACCCAGGCAGCGUGCGCGUGUGUGUACUUGGAAUGUAAAACGCUUGACCGUGCGACACCCCUUCACAGCGUCCCCCGCUUCACGUGCUCGUAUGACAGAUACAUGCGCUUGUUGGCGUUGUCCAGCCAU